CUGCUAAAUAAUGACUUACACGAUGAAACAAAAAGGACGGACGAGGGAGGGGAGCAGGCUUCGGCCUAUCUCCAGAGCAGGGCCACGAGGUUGGAGUGCGGCGGCGGCGGCGGCGCGGCCGGCGGCGACGGCGAGACGGGCAUCGCCUCGGGCGCGCCCCAUGACGCGAACCGCGGGCGCUUCGGCGGCGAGAGGGGCGACGCGUCCGAGAGGGUCACCUCGCCGCACGCGGUCUGCGAGCUUUCGGUGUCCGUGCUCAGGGCGCGCCGUCGCGCCGCCUCGGCCAGCGCCAUCAUCGGCGUCGGCGACGCCAGCAUCAUGGACGAGGACGCCGGCACCGUGUGGCGCGGCGGCGACUCGUACUUUCGGAACAGCGACUGGUUGUUCCACCGCGUCGCCCGCGGCGACGAGGGCACGCUCGGCGCGGGGCUCUCGUCCCAGCCGCCGAAGUUGCCCGACGGGCUGCAGGGCAUCGUGCUGGGCAUCGGCUUGGCCAUGGCCUCGAGCGUCCCGAAGCUGCGGUCGCGCCGCAUCUCCUGCGGGCUCUCGGCCCGCGCGAGCGUGAUGUCGGUCAUGAUGAGUUGGUUCUCCCGGGACGACGCGCGCGGCGGGGUGCCCGCGAGCAGCGGGUCGUCCACGCGAAGAAUUGUUGCUGUCGUGAGGGGCGCUGGGGCUGCGGAGGCAGCCCCGGGCCUUGUCGGUGGCGCGGGCCUCUUGGGCGCGCUGUUGGCGUGAGGAGAGCCCCUCCCCUUUGGGUGAGAUAUGCGGCUCCUUCGCGGCGAAUUACGACCUGAGCGCCUGGGAGCGUUGUUUAUGUUAGUCCGUUGACGCUUGGGCGAGCGGGGGCAGCUCUGCAGGUGCUCGGUAGGCUCGAUAUUGCCGACCUUCUGCCAAAUCGAGCGAGGCUCGGGAUCUG